AAAUCACAGUACUCAUACCGAGAGCUAAAAAAAAUAAAACCAUGUAGCUUUGGGAAUCAAUGUCCUUCGUCCUUCACUGACACUGAGCAAAGAGGCCAGCGUUAAAGCUGGGCGGUGCGAAGGAGGGACCAGAAGGCACAGAUAACAUCCUAUCACAACUUAACUGAAGCUGCAGUUGAAAUACUGCUUGACAGUCUUGACAGAUCCUGAUAUAGGCUGCUCAUUAGCAAAUUAGACUGUUCGCCGCAAUUAAAUUACAACGCGCAAAAGAGCGAAUCAGUAGUGAGGGCUUGUUUUUGCUUUCCAGUGGCGGAUUUCUUGAUGCCUCCCAAGAAAUCGCGCGCGAGAGUGAGGAAAUACCCGUGCUCUUAUCUGAAUUAUGACAUUAAGUUUUUCAUCCUUUUCCAUCAAAGACAUCCUCACCGGACUCGAUGCCAACGGCAAGCCGGGAACCGCGGGGGAGUUCUGCGCAACAAAGGCGAACAACACGCGCACCGGCUAUGGUGGCAGGGAUGGCAACCAGGUCUACCCGGAGACACUUCCCACACAUCCCCGCGUUAUAAGCGCCCAAUCGGAGGUUUCUACAGAGGAGGACACAGGAGAAGAGUCAGAGCUCAUAGAAGUCGCUGCAGAUGACCAGGAGCAGUGUGAGGAGCAGGGCGAACAGCAGAAAAGACUGCAGUGCGAGAGUGCAGAGGAGGAGGGAUGUAACCGCGGCGGGGAGACCUCCAGCUGUUCGCCGGACGCGCAGCAGUGCAGGCCCAGUGCAAAGAAGCGCACCAGGUCGGCCUUCUCUCACGCUCAAGUCCACGAGCUGGAGCGCCGUUUUAGCAAUCAAAGGUACCUUUCUGGUCCCGAACGGGCCGAUCUGGCAGGAGCCUUGAAGCUUACAGAGACCCAGGUGAAAAUCUGGUUCCAGAACCGGAGAUAUAAAACCAAACGUCGCCAGAUGGCGACCGAAAUGGUCGUAUGCAGCUCCCCAAAGAAAGUGGCUGUAAAAGUUCUGGUGCGGGACGAUCAAAAGCAAUACCACCAGGGGAUUGGAGUACAUAUCCCCAUGACUGUGCCACUGUACCGGGGCUAUCAGUACUACCCGUACCUGCACUACUACUACCACCAACCCUGGAACAUGGACAUGUUUUGUGGAGGGAUGCUUUGAGGCUCCGAAGCAAAGAAGCAAAACUGUUUUCAACAAGUGUCGCUUCAAAUGCAAGCGUUCUGCUCUUUAGGAGGUUUCUGCUGACUCGAUGGAUUUUACGAUGUAAUUGGACAUUUUAUACAGAAAAUCCUCCAUUUUUAAAUCGGAAUAAGUAAUGUAGUUUAAUAUUUUGUCAGUUUCAUAUUGUGUAACUAUUUGCAAGUUAGAAAAAAAACAUUUUAAAGGGAAAUACUACUGAUUUCUUCAAACCUCUUAUGUGACAGGUAUAUCUUUGGCCAGGAUCAUGACUUUUAAAUAUUUCUUUUAACUUUUUAAAAAGUGAUUUUAUGAAUUCUAUUUCAAAACUUUCAAAAGUAAAAAAAAAAUAAUUAUUAACUACAAUGUUAUAUUUCAACCUUUUCUUGUGGGAUUAAUAAAAGAAAAGAAAAGAAAUACAACAAAGCAAAUCAUUUUCAUUGUGUUGACGGUGGAAAUCAUGAAAGUUUGAACUUAUUCAAAUAAUUCUAUAGGAGAAAUUAUUUCUCUCACGACCCUAAAAGUUUUCUUUACUCUGAGUUCUUCUUUCUGUUCAUAAAAAAAACCCAUUAUGUCUGCAACAGAUUUGUAGAUCACCCCUUUCUCCAUGAUGCACCAUCUCAAAUACUCCAUGUUUUUAUAUGAAGAUUUUUAUUCGGGGUUUUUAUAAUCAAAUCAAGGUCACAACAGUGAUAAAUAUAAGAACCGUGUUUUUUAAUAUCUAUAUAAGGAUAUGGAUGAAAAUAAAAUAUAAAUAAUGUAGGUUCUGUUGUCAUAUUUAACCUCAUACCUAUACUACGGUGUCAGAUGGCGCACAAUAUCUUAAAUGCAAUUUAGAAAUUUGAUGGGGUCAUCUCUGCAGUGUCUUAAAAUGAAGUGCUGACUGGGUUUCUCACAAGUUCAUAGGAUGAUAUAUAUGUUGUUUUUUUCUUCUUCCCCCAUGACUGCCAGCAACAGCUCAUUGUGAGCGACCAGACAGAGCAGAAAGGAAUCUGGAAGUUAUACAAACCCAACAAGAGAAAGUAGCUUAUCUUGAUGUGUGAGAAGCUUGACCGAGGCCUCUGACACUUUUAGUGGGCAUUUAUUUUAUUUAUGGGACACCUUUAUUGAUCGUGAAACUUAACAUUAACACCUGCAAGAAGACAUUCUUCUUUUGCACGGUACUAAAGCAACAGAUUAGAAAGCAAUAAGGCUUCUUCACACGAAUGUACUUCUAACAUUCUGUAUCUCACACGGAUAGAGUUUAUGCUUUUAAAGUGUCUGUUUGGAAAUGGGUGUUCAUCUAGUUGGCUGACUUCCUCCUCUAACAUUUCAGCAUUGCACAAACCUUUACGUGAUAUUAGGAAGAAGAAUCUUUGCUGUUGUUUUAUACAAAAAUUGUGGGGGGGUUUCUUAAUCCUUCUGCAUAGGUGUGCUCUCUACUAUGUGCUGCACUAGUCAGAGAUGGUUAAUAGACCGUGGAGAUGUUGCACCAUGGAGCCAGGCUGCACAAGACAGUGCACAUUAAUCAUGCUUUACUGAAAAGACUACACCCUCAUCAUCACUCUCAAGGAACGGCACAGUGAUCAGACGCCAUAGGAAAAAAUGUAAUUCCUAUACAAGGGGACCAGCAUUUUAGUUUGGUUUUUAACUGAUUGCAUUUACCAUCCAGAGGGAGUUAACAUCUAGGCCUGUGUUUUAUCAAAGGAGCUUGCAGAUGGUGGAGAAAGGAUGGUCAGAUAAAAUAAUUUAUCUUCCCCCAGGAAUAAUAUUUAAAAAAGAUACAGUUUAUGUAACAUGUUUACUGAUCCCCUUGACACUGCAGGGUUACAAAAGGUUUGCAAGGUCUAAAAAGCACCGCAGUGUCCUGUCUUUAUAAUCCUAAACAAUAUUAUCAUUACAGUACUACAACAUUAAAGAGACAUCAAAGAACUGGGAUGUAACAGUGCUUCAGCUUCCCUUUUCCCAACGCAGGCAGCUUUGGCAGAGAUGAUCACCUUUUGCUGCACUCUGGCUCCAGCCCAAACCCCAUCUAUCUCUUGUAUCAAAACAGCACUUCAGACUACAGUAAGUGGUUGGCACUGUGCGCAGCAGGUUUCAGGGUGGGAGGAAAAACACAUCUUCUUUUCGAUGUCUAACCAUAAUUCACAGAUAAAUUAUUUUCAUUUGCGCACACUUGCUUUUAAAGACUUAAAAAAACAACACUUUUCAGCAGAAAAGGUCAGGGUGUAACACUGUUGCGCCACGGUACGCCACUUUCUAUGUGCUCUGAUUAUUCACAUUGUGCUGGUAAAUAGUUGGUCUAGUCAGAGCUUUCUACCGUGACAAGAUAAGAGUUUUUCUUUUCCUGCACCUAUUCUGUGAUGCGUCACACUCGUGUAAAUUUCCACCCACAGACAACAAAACAGGCACGGUGAAAGGAGACUGCGACAAAGGAUAAGUUUAAGGUUUUAACACCAGUUAAAACUCAUUCACAGGUGAGCUUCAGCUAAAAGGUCAAUUUACCUUACUUUACAUUAUGACAUUGUCUCCAUCAAAGACACUGCUGAGCUGCUGGGAGCUGUACCUACCAUUCAAAGUUCAAGGUGCCCCCUCCC